CUCCUCCUCCCACCGCAUCGCUAGGAUGCUUUUUGGGCAAAGUGAAUGGAACCCCCCGCGAAACUCAGGGCAAAGGGCUAGGUGAGGGCAGCGGCUUCACGGAGGCUUCACUUCCUCGCUGGGCAUGCGCACAAGCUUGGCACAUGCUCAUUCCGGCCGCACGAGGGGCUCUGGGCAUGUGCAGAAGCGAAAUGGGUACAUUCUGAAGCAGGGCAGUUUCAGCUAUGACACCUGCAGCAUGUGCCAGGAGCUGCAGCAGCAGCAGCAACAGCAGCAGCAGCAGCCUGUGCGCGGUGCAUCUUUCUCUCUCCAGAGCGGUAAAUAUCAGCUGAUCCUCUGUGACAGCAGCAACAGCAAGAGCAGCAGGAGCAGGAGAAGCCAGCAACCCACAGAGCUUUUCUGGAGAAUGAUUGAAGACUGUGGGAAAAGAGGAACCACCAUGGCAGAAAGGAGACAGCUGUUUGCAGAAAUGCGGGCUCAAGAUCUGGAUCGCAUCCGUUUAUCUACCUACAGAACAGCAUGCAAGCUUAGAUUUGUACAGAAGAAAUGCAACUUGCACUUAGUGGAUAUUUGGAAUGUAAUAGAAGCAUUGCGGGAAAAUUCAUUGAACAACCUGGAUCCGAACAUAGAACUGAAUGUGGCUCGAAUUGAAGCUGUCCUGUCCACCGUUUUUUACCAACUGAACAAACGCAUGCCAACUACCCACCAGAUCAACAUAGAGCAAUCCAUCAGCUUGCUACUCAACUUCCUGCUGGCAGCUUUUGAUCCAGAAGGACAUGGAAAAAUGUCUGUCUUUGCUGUCAAAAUGGCCUUGGCAACACUUUGUGGAGGAAAGAUCAUGGACAAAUUGAGAUAUAUUUUCUCAAUGAUUUCAGACACCAGCGGUGUAAUGGUUUAUGGUAAAUAUGACAUGUUUCUGCGAGAAGUCCUUAAACUACCCACGGCAGUCUUUGAAGGUCCUUCUUUUGGAUACACAGAGCAGUCAGCAAAAUCCUGUUUUUCUCAACAGAAAAAAGUCACACUGAAUGCUUUUUUGGACACUCUCAUGUCUGAUCCUCCACCACAAUGCCUGGUCUGGUUACCACUUCUGCAUCGAUUGGCAAAUGUUGAGAAUGUCUUCCACCCUGUCGAGUGUUCCUACUGCCAUAGCGAGAGCAUGAUGGGAUUUCGCUAUCGAUGCCAGCAGUGUCACAAUUACCAGCUCUGUCAAGAUUGCUUCUGGAGGGGACAUGCCAGUGGUUCCCAUAGCAACCAGCACCAAAUGAAAGAAUACACGUCAUGGAAAUCACCUGCUAAGAAGCUAACUAAUGCACUUAGCAAGUCUUUAAGCUGUGCUUCCAGCCGUGAACCUUUGCACCCAAUGUUCCCUGACCAGCCUGAAAAACCUCUAAACUUGGCUCAUAUUGUAGAUACCUGGCCUCCCAGACCAGUCACCAGCAUGAAUGACACAUUGUUCUCCCACUCUGUUCCCUCAGGAAGCCCUUUCACAAACAGAAGGUUACAUGAGGGUAUAAAUAUAGCCAGUCCUGUGGCUGAUGAGCACUCUCUUAUAAAGCUGUAUGUAAAUCAGCUUCACAACAAUUUACGCUCUCCUUACAAGAAUAAUGAAGUAGAGCAGAACAAAUUUCUGGCUAGGGCUGCUCCAGCUUUUUUGAAAGGCAAAGGGUUACAGUAUAGCCUCGAUGUUGCAGACAGGCUGGCUGAUGAACAUGUUCUCAUUGGGUUGUAUGUCAACAUGCUCCAGAACAACCCCUCACGUUUGCUCGACAGCCCAAACCGUCUAGAUGAAGAGCACAGACUGAUCGCAAGGUAUGCAGCAAGACUGGCAGCCGAGACUACUUCAUCACAACUGCAACAGCAACAGCAACCACAACAGAGAGGUGCUCCAGAUAUCUCAUUCUCUAUUGAUGCUAAUAAGCAACAAAGACAGCUUAUUGCAGAACUUGAAAAUAAGAACAGAGAAAUCUUACAAGAGAUUCACAGGCUGCGACUUGAACAUGAGCAGGCGUCUCAACCCACUCCAGAGAAGGCAGCGCAGAAUCCUACUCUCCUGGCAGAACUUCGGCUCCUGAGGCAGAGGAAGGAUGAGCUUGAACAGAGGAUGUCAGCUCUUCAGGAAAGCCGGAGAGAACUCAUGGUUCAGUUAGAAGGCCUCAUGAAACUGCUAAAGGAAGAAGAAUUGAAGCAGGGAACCCAAGGGGCAGGCUCCCCACGCUCCUCUCCCAGCCACACUAUCAGCCGGCCUAUUCCUAUGCCCAUCAGAUCUGCGUCUGCCUGCUCGACUCCAGCCCAUACACCUCAAGACUCUCUGACAGGCGUGGGAGGAGAUGUGCAGGAAGCCUUUGCGCAAGGUUCAAGAAGAAAUUUAAGGAAUGACUUGCUGGUAGCAGCAGAUUCAAUCACCAACACUAUGUCUUCUCUGGUGAAAGAACUGAACUCAGAAGUUGGAAGUGAGACAGAGAGUAAUGUGGAUUCUGAGUUUGGUCGGACUCAUUUUGAUGACCUUGUUCCAUCGCCAACUUCUGAAAAGGCUUUCCUUGCGCAGAUUCAUGCCCGGAAGCCAGGAUACCUUCACAGUGCAGCUGCCUCUGGCACCAUCCGCAGUGAUAUGGUUACAGAAGAUGGAGACCCUUACGUUAGAGCAGAUGAUGAGAACUAUGAAAAUGACUCUGUUCGCCAGCUAGAGCAUGAGCUCAAGAUGGAGGAAUAUUUGAAACAAAAGCUGCAGGAUGAAGCUUAUCAGGUCAGCUUGCAAGGAUGAGUAACUAGUAUCACUCUCCUCUCAAGAAAGCUGCAGUCAAAUGGACAAUGAAAGUGACAGAAGAAAGGAGGAG